AUGGCCUCCAUGCAAAAAGUCUUCGCUGGCUAUGCCGCACGCCAAGCUGUCCUUGAGGCGAGCAACAACCCCUUCGCAAAGGGCAUAGCUUGGAUAGAAGGUGAAUACGUGCCACUAGCCGAGGCCCGCAUUCCACUCCUCGACCAAGGCUUCAUGCACAGCGAUCUGACCUACGACGUGCCGUCCGUCUGGGACGGGCGAUUUUUCCGCCUCGAUGAUCAUCUUACACGGCUCGAAGUUAGCUGCGACAAACUACGUUUGAAAGUACCUCUUCCGCGCGACGAGGUCAAGCGGAUCCUAGUCGACAUGGUCGCCAAGAGUGGCAUCCGCGAUGCCUUUGUGGAGUUGAUCGUUACCCGGGGUCUGAAGGGCGUUCGCGGCACUAAGCCCGAGGACAUCGUCAAUCGGCUCUAUAUGUUUAUUCAACCCUACGUUUGGGUUAUGGAGCCCGAAGUGCAGCACACUGGUGGUAGUGCUAUUGUGGCACGGACAGUGCGACGGGUCCCCCCAGGGGCUAUUGAUCCUACGAUUAAGAACUUGCAGUGGGGAGAUCUGGUUCGGGGUAUGUUUGAGGCAUCGGAUCGAGGUGCGACGUAUCCGUUUUUGACGGAUGGGGACGCGCAUCUUACCGAAGGGUCUGGGUUCAAUAUUGUCCUCGUCAAGGAUGGGGUCUUGUAUACCCCGGACCGUGGUGUGUUGCAGGGCAUUACCCGCAAGAGUGUGUUUGAUGCUGCGCGUGCCUGUGGAAUUGAAGUGCGUCUCGAAUUCGUGCCUGUGGAGUUGGCAUACAAUGCCGAUGAGAUCUUCAUGUCCACUACCGCUGGAGGUAUUAUGCCCAUUACCUCUCUGGAUGGGAAACCGGUGAAUGGAGGACAGGUUGGCCCGGUUACCAAGGCAAUUUGGGAUACAUAUUGGGCUAUGCACUAUGACCCCGUCUACAGCUUCCAGAUCGACUAUGAUGGUGUUCAGAAAUCUGAUGUGAACGGGCUUGGAAAGCUUUAA